CACAUCAGUUUCAAUUUGAAUCAUGAAGGCUUUCAUCGUUCUGGUUGCCCUGGCCUGUGCCGCCCCAGCUUUCGCUCGCACCAUGGACCGUUGCUCCCUGGCCCGCGAGAUGUCCAACCUGGGCGUUCCCCGCGACCAGCUGAACAAGUGGGCUUGCAUUGCCGAGCACGAGUCCUCCUACCGCACCGGAGUGGUGGGUCCCGAGAACUACAACGGCUCCAACGACUACGGAAUCUUCCAGAUCAACGACUACUACUGGUGCGCUCCUCCCAGCGGUCGCUUCUCCUACAACGAAUGUGGCCUGAGCUGCAACGCCCUCCUGACCGACGACAUCACCCACUCCGUCCGUUGCGCCCAGAAGGUCCUCAGCCAGCAGGGAUGGUCCGCCUGGUCCACCUGGCACUACUGCAGCGGAUGGUUGCCGUCCAUCGAUGACUGCUUCUAAACUGAUUUUGACCCCGAUUAAAACGAUUGCAUAAAAUGAAAUCUGCUGUUUCUGAAUCCA